CAUCUACGUCUCUCCCACAGUCUGCUGCUGUUAGCGGUUAGCUUAGCAUCGUCCGCUCUGUGAACUGAACACAGCACGCCACAGGAGAACCCGAGACAAGGCUCUUUGUCUCCGCAUCUCAAUCAACCUUAAGUCUCCGUUGUCUAUACCUGCAAUGGCGGACAAGGAAGCAGGUGCAUUUGAUGAUGCGGUUGAGGAGAGGGUGAUAAAUGAGGAGUACAAGAUAUGGAAAAAAAACACUCCCUUCCUGUAUGACCUGGUAAUGACCCACGCUUUAGAGUGGCCCAGCCUUACUGCUCAGUGGCUGCCUGAUGUCUCCAGGCCCGAGGGGAAGGACUACAGUGUGCACCGGCUGGUGUUGGGCACUCACACAUCUGAUGAGCAGAAUCACCUGGUCAUUGCCAGUGUCCAGCUGCCCAAUGAUGACGCCCAGUUUGAUGCCUCUCAUUAUGACAGCGAAAAAGGAGAGUUUGGAGGUUUUGGCUCAGUAAGCGGCAAGAUUGAGAUCGAAAUCAAGAUCAGCCAUGAAGGAGAGGUGAACCGUGCCCGCUAUAUGCCCCAAAACCCCUGCAUCAUCGCCACCAAGACCCCCACCUCAGAUGUCCUGGUGUUUGACUACACCAAGCACCCCUCCAAGCCAGAUGCUUCUGGAGAGUGUCGCCCUGAUUUGCGCCUCAGAGGCCAUCAGAAGGAAGGCUAUGGUCUCUCCUGGAAUCCAAAUCUGUCUGGCUCUCUACUUAGUGCAUCAGAUGACCAUACUGUCUGUCUGUGGGACAUCAGUGCUGUGCCAAAGGAAGGGAAGAUAGUGGAUGCGAAGACUAUCUUCACCGGUCACACUGCUGUGGUGGAAGACGUCUCCUGGCACUUGCUGCAUGAGUCACUCUUUGGAUCUGUAGCAGAUGACCAGAAGCUCAUGAUUUGGGACACUCGUUCAAACAACACCUCCAAACCCAGCCAUGCAGUAGAUGCCCACACAGCAGAGGUCAACUGUUUGUCAUUUAACCCUUACAGCGAGUUCAUCCUUGCUUCUGGCUCUGCAGACAAGACUGUGGCUCUUUGGGACUUGAGAAACUUGAAACUGAAGCUGCAUUCCUUCGAGUCACACAAGGAUGAGAUCUUCCAGGUUCAGUGGUCACCUCAUAAUGAGACCAUACUGGCAUCCAGUGGAACAGACCGCCGCCUCAACGUCUGGGACCUCAGUAAAAUCGGAGAGGAGCAGUCACCCGAAGAUGCAGAGGAUGGCCCACCUGAGCUACUGUUUAUUCACGGAGGCCACACAGCCAAGAUCUCUGACUUCUCCUGGAACCCCAACGAGCCCUGGGUUAUCUGCUCUGUGUCUGAAGACAACAUUAUGCAAGUUUGGCAAAUGGCUGAGAACAUCUACAACGAUGAAGAUCCAGAGGGUUCAACAGACCCUGAAGCCACAGCAUAACACAUCUGCCUGCUGUGUCUUAACCUACAACCUCAUCAAAAAACUGCCAAACUGCCACAUCAGUAGUUCCGCGCAGCUACCUUCUCCCAUCCUUCUCUACUGGUGGGACAAGCCGUAAAUCACUGUAAAUACAAGAAAAAGAGUAAUCAUGUGUAGCCCUGAUCCCUUUUGGUAUACUCAAAGUGAGGAACUGUCCUUUUAACUGAGUAACUUAAUGCCUGAAGAAUCUCACCCAUGUUAUUCGCAGUGCAUAUAAAAUAUGUAUUUUUGUAACCAAAUUUGGCUCUCCCAUCUACAGUGAAAUAUUUUAGUCAGGAAUAAAUAAAAUGUGUUUCUAGAACCUAAGGUGUUGAUCAUACUGACAACCCACAACAAGUGGUAAUUUACAAUAACCUGCUGUUGAAGAAUAUAAGCUCCCUCUGCACAUGUAGGAAAUGUUGCAGAAGAAAAAUGUUUAAAGUAAAUUGCAGUCUGGCUUUUUGACAUGAUGCACAGUGGCAGUUACUGUGACUUUGAUAGAGGUUGUUUGCAGGCUAUCUUAUUGUCCUAAAAAUGUCUCAUAUUUCCAUUGCUCCAGUCUGGUCAUCACCUAAUUGUUCUGGACACUGAUUUUCACACCAGCUACUUCUGAAUGAAAUUACAAUUUUGGAGUGAAUUUGCGUUUGAAAUGUCCGUUCGUGGUCCCACCUCCCCUCACCUUCGUCAUACAUUAAUCAUUUAAAUGUUUUCGUGAUAUAGAUUAGUGGUUGAACUUUUUCUAUGUUCAAUAUUUGUACAGUGAGUGCAUUCUUAAUAAAAUGUGUUUCAUUA